AUGACCACCCCGACCACCCCCAUCACCCCCAUCACCCCCAUCACCCCCUCUUCCACCCCCUUUGCCGACACCUAUAAAAAGGUGCUCGAGUCCCGCCGCCCUCCUCGUCCUACCCUCCGCCGCAACAACGCCAGCCUCAACCUGGUUUCCCUAGCCACCGCAAUCGACGGAGAGGACGAGUUCGGUAUCACUACCGAACCGACCACUCCCGCGGUCACCCCCGCCCCCGACCCCCUCGCGACUCUCCCCACCUCUGCCCCUCCCCAAGCCACUCCUGGAGCCUCUCCGACCCCCGCCGCAUCCCCCACGACCACUGGAGCCGCCCCCGCCCCUCCAGCGACGCACCCCGCCGCUCGCCAGCGGCGCCUCUCGGCCCCCAACCUCCAGCCCCAGUCGCCGCUCCAUCGCCCAGUGACCCGCCACCGGCGCCGCCUGUCAGCCCCCGGCGCCCUCCAGACCCCGUUCGUCUCCCACGGACCGCCGCGGACGGUCAAUGAGCGCGCCUUCGCUCGUAUUUUAGCUCAACGUGAGGCAACGGUCGAAGACCCGCCCGAGCCGCGCACCGACGACAUCGUUGUCUCCCUCGCGCUGGGCAGCUACAACGAGAACACAAUCCUCCCAUCGCCCUUCUACAAGGCGCGCGCACGCCAGGUGCUCAAGCUGAAGAAGAUCCUUGGGUUGAAGAACUGGCGCUUCUGGGCUCCCACCUUCCCUCCGCACAGCCGUGCACCAGGACCGGGCUGCACGAUCUACGCGUACGUCCCGCCCGCGAGUGUCGUUGGUGCCAUGGUGCUCGACAGCGGCCACCUGAAGCGCCUUAUCACGCACUUUGCGCCGCUGGACAAGGAGUUCGCAGCCUACCAGGCCGAUCACGUCAGCCACGCCCCCCGAGAGCGUAACGACGAGUUCCUGAGCCUCGAGAACCGCGCCAAGCUCAUCCAGAGCUCGCGCCACUACUCCCGCUUCGCCACGACGCUCGGCUAUCGACGCGUCCUGUCGUCCGCGGUCGACACGCUGUACACCGGCUUUCUGGAGUUCGGUAAGGAGCGCCCCCGUGGGCUGCUCGACCGCCGCCGCUCCAGCAUCGAGUACGCGAUCAACCAGCCCCAGCCCCACAACCCCGUUGGCCACAAGCACGAGGCGCACGGCCACGAGCACCACCACCACGCGCACCCGCACCACGAGCACCAUGACCCUAACUCGCACCCCCAGAAGACGGCCGAGUUCCAGGCUGAGAACGCCGCUGCGCACGCCAAGCCGGAGGAGAAGAAGUAG